UGCUGCAGAGCUGUCAGGGUGCUGAGGGAGAGUCUGCAGUGAAUUUAUGGAUGUUAAUAUCUGAGACAAUGAGUUUAAAGGUUCCCACUGCUGCAGCUCCGGCUGGACGCUGUGCUGGUUCCACAUCUUCUUCACAGCCAGAGCAUGACAAGUGUUUCCUCGGACUUCACCAAAACGACGAAAAGUCAAACCCAGAGAGCCGGACAAGUUUAAACAAGGAGAGGUGUGUGAGUUCAUCGUGUUCAAACAACUGACGACGUCCACGUAUCAGACGUGACAUCAUCCUGCUGUCCUGAUUCUUACACAAAGACCUUCGUUUGAGGACCAACAAAAAACCUGAAAAUGAGUGAACCUGGAUCUUCAGAGGCAAGUUUUGCCCCGACACUCCAAAGUCACCGCUCCAAAGAUUACCCUCCAGCAUUCGGCCGGGAUCCUCCAGGAGAAGGAGGUUUGAGUGGCAUCCGCAAGCGACAGCACAACCAGCUGAAAAGGAGAAAACCAGAAGAAGGAUCUUCAUUCAGUGCUAAGUCUAGGAGGACUGAUCGCUCCAAAGAUUAUCCACCAGCGUUCAGCGAUGAACCUGUUUCUGGAAAGAACAAAGCAGCAGACAGCUCCAAAGAUUACCCACCAGCUUUCAGCAAAGAACCUGGACCUUCAAGAAAAAGUGACCAGACUACUUCAAGCAUUCUUCAGAAUCCAGACAUGCUGAAGGUGUUGGAGAUUAAAGCCAUGGGUUAUCUAAGGCAGGCUCUGAAAGCAACCAACAAGGUCCUCUCUGAGAACGACGCAUUAAUGGAAGAGGAGCAAGAGGACGAUGAUGAUGAUGCGAAGGAAGGAGCUCUGAAGAUCGCUCUGCACAUCUUGAGAACCAUGAAUAGAGAGGAACAAGCCCUCAGACUGGAGCAAAGUCAUUAUGGGGUCACAGCAAUGUACCAAAAGAGCUUAAAAUCCUCCCUGAGGACUCAGAGUGAGUACCUGUUGGAAGUUACUCAGACGUGGCCUGUACCUCUGAAGGAGAUCUACACGGAGGUCUAUCUGAUGGAGGGAGACGCUGCAGAGGUCAACCGUGAGCAUGAAGUCCGACAGAUCGAGGCCGCGUUCAACAAACGGACCUCUUUGGAGAUUCGGAUCAAGCUUAGGGAUGUCUUCAAGCCUUUACCAAACCAACAGGACCAACCAAUCAGAACAGUGCUCACCAUGGGGAUAGCCGGCAUCGGCAAAACCGUGUUGACCCAGAAGUUCAUUCUGGACUGGUCUGAGGAGAAGGUGGAUCAAGACAUCCAGCUCCUGUUCUUACUGCCUUUCAGGGAGCUGAAUCUGCUGAAACAUGUAAGAAGAAGUUUGAUGGAGCUCCUGUCUGAAUUCUCUCCAGGCCUGAAAGAAUCUGGAAUCACAGACCUGAAUAAGUGCAAAGUCCUGAUCGUCCUGGAUGGUCUUGAUGAGUGCAGACUCCCUCUGGAUUUCAAGCACACUGAGAACCAUGAUCCUGCCCAGCCAGCCUCAGUGGCUGUGCUGCUGACAAACCUCAUCGCAGGUGAACUGCUGCCGGGAGCUCAUCUGUGGAUAACUACCCGACCCGCUGCAGCAAGCUGCAUCCCUCCACGGUACAUCCACCGCCUGACGGAGAUACGAGGUUUCAACAACCAACAGAAGGAGCAGUACUUCCACAAGAAGAUCCAUGAUGAACACUUAGCCAAGAGAGUGAUCGCAAACAUCAAGUCCACCAGAAGUCUCAACAUCAUGUGCCAUGUGCCGGUGUUCUGCUGGAUCUCCUCCAUCGUCCUGGGGGAAAUAUGUGCAAAAGUAGGAGGGGGGAAAAUGCCAAAGACUUUGACUCAGAUGUACAUCCACUUCCUGACACACCAAACUGCUCAGAGUCGGGUUAAAUACGCCAAAGAGCAAGAACUGGACUCCAAGGGGAAUAACAAGGUGAUCAUGGCACUGGGGAAGCUAGCCUUUGAGCAGCUGGAGAAAGGAAACCUGAUCUUCUACGAGGAAGAUCUGAGAGAAUGUGGCAUCGAUGUCAACGAGGCGUCCGUCUACUCAGGAGUGUGCACUCAAGUCUUCAGGGAAGAGUCCUGUAUGCAGAAUAAAGUCUUCUGCUUCGUGCAUCUAUCCGUCCAAGAGUUCCUCGCAGCUCUGUACGUCCGCGUCCUGUACACGGUCAGUGGUGAAAACCUGAUGAACAAAGACCGGGUCAGAAAGGAGCCUAUAGCAGACCUGCACAAAGCCGCAGUGAACAAAGCCUUACAAUGUGAUAACGGCCAUCUGGAUCUGUUCCUUCGUUUCCUCCUGGGACUUUCCCUGGAGUCCAGUCAGGUUCUGCUCAAAGGCCUGAACCUGCAAGUUCAAACCUGGGACUCCCAAAGUCACGAGGAAACCAUCCAGCACAUCAAGGGGAGGAUAGAUCUCUCAGAACCAGAGCGGUACAUCAAUCUCCUGCACUGUCUGAAUGAGUUAAAUGACCACACUCUGGUGGAGGAAAUCCAGUACCAGCUGGACUUGGACCGAGACAUGGUGACGAUCGAGUGGUCUGCAGCUCAGUGGGCGGCUCUGGUCUUUCUGUUGCUGACCUCACCGGAGAGGUCAGAAGAGAUCCACCUCAAGAAAUACUCCAGAACCAAAGAGGGCUUCCAGAAGCUCCUUCCAGCCAUCAAAGCAUCCAGAUCAGCAAAGUUGAAUGAUUGUAACCUCACUGCAGACUGUUGUCAGGAGCUGUCGUCCACUCUACGCUCCAGCUCAAACAAGCUGAAGCAUUUGAACUUAAGUGACAACAGAUUAGAGGACCGGGGAAUCCAGUAUCUGUGCACAGGACUCCAGAGCCCAAACUGCAGACUGAAGAUGCUGAGACUAAACCGAUGUGAUCUGACUCAGAUGAGUUGUGAAAAGCUGGCAUCAGUCCUGAGCUGUCCAACAUCCGGUCUUAGAGAGCUGGACCUGAGUGACAAUGACAUUGGAGACUCAGGAGUGGAGCUGCUCUCAGAGGGACUCGGGGAUGUGAUCUGUAAAGUGGAAAUCCUGAGGUUGUCUUCCUGCAACAUCACUGAGAGGGGAUGUGGGUUCUUGGCCUCGGCAGUGAAGACCAACCCGUCCCACCUGAGCGAGCUGGACCUGAGCUACAAUCACCUCAGUGACUCAGGAGUGAAGAUCAUCUGUGACGCUCUUGAUGAGGGACGAUGUGAAUCCAAACUCAGAGUGGACCACAACGCAGACCACUGGUUCAGACCAGGACUGAAAACAUAUGCACGUGGACUUACGAUGGAUCCAAACACGGCUCACAGACUUCUCAUCCUCUCAGAAGACAACCGCAAAGUUAGUUAUGGCAGCGAGGAGCAGCCGUAUCCAGACCACCCAGACCGGUUUGACUACUGGCCCCAAGUCAUGAGCAAAGAGGGUCUGGAUGAGCGAUGUUACUGGGAGGUGGAGUGGGAAGGAAAAUGGGCUACCAUCGGAGUGGCCUACAAGGACAUCAAACGCAAAGGGCAGGAGGAUGACAGCUGGCUGGGGUACAACAGAAAGUCCUGGGGUGUGCUCUGCUCUGAUAAAGGGUACUGCCUGUAUCACAACUUUGAGAGCAUCGGCGUUGGUGUCCCGUUGGCCGGUUCUCGAAGACUGGCCAUGUAUCUGGAUCGGGAAGCAGGCAUGCUGUCCUUCUACAGAGUUUCUUCUGGGGGGUCACUGACACACCUGCACACCUUCUCCACUAGUUUCACAGAGCCUCUCUACCCGACAUUCAGACUGCGGUGUAAGGACUCCUCUGUGAGGCUGUGUGAACUCCAGAGUGAUUGAGGAGUUCAAGUGACGAUCCAUACGUCUUCUUUCAGCGCAGAGGUAACCAGAAUAAACAAGCUAACUUAUCUGUAGAGGAUAUAGAUAACAAUCAUCACCCAGGGGGUCAUUCAGGACUAGAGGAAGACUGAACCUUUCUCCUCUUGCAACAAACUCACACAGAAGCAUCUCCAGCAAAAGUUCUGGAAGUUUAUAAAGGAGGAGACGUUCUGUUCAAAGAGACUAUGAAAGCACAGCAUGCAGCACAGUGUAGAAUGUAUUAUAGCUUAGCGUCUGUUAGCAUUUUAAGUUCUCAGCUAAUGAGUCUGAUCAGAGACGUCAUGAUCUCAUGCAUAUAGAUGAUAUAAACCAGUAAGAACUUAUGUUAAGCUUUGUAUAUACGUCACACUUUUAUCUGAGACCAUAAUGACGCAUGGAGAGUGUGAGCACGGGUUUCAGGACUUCACCUUAUCAACAAGCAGAGCAGACUGAAACUCUGAACGCUUGGUGGAGGUCUUCAAAAGCAGACCUUUACCUGGAGGAUUCAGGUCUUUGUUUCAUUGUACUCUCUUGUUCAAGACAGAACAACAUCGUUACAGAUAAAAACCUUCGUCCUGAUGUUUAGGAUAGUUUGGGAUGGUGCAAUAUUUGUAUAUUUCAACUGCAGGAAAGGAGGAGGAGGAUGCACCUCAGUCUGCAGAGUCAAAGUCACCUGUGACAGAUGAACCUUGUGCACCACGAUAAAUGAUGAAUGGGAAAUGCAUUCAUACAUGCUGCAGAUUAGCGUGAUUAUACUGCAGAAGUCUUUCAUUCCUUGUAUCUAGUUAAGUGUUGCACUUCAUUCAGCCCAAGAAAAACAAGUUUAAGUGUCUGUGUCAGGGGGUUGCUAAAACUGUUGUUGAUGGUUAGCAUAUUUUCAUGUUUAAAGCUAGCUUGUUUGCUAAUUCUUUCUUUGCAAACUAAGCAUUCAGGCGUUGGCGGUAUCUGGGAUGACGUGGUGUUCAGGGAGGAUGUGUCUGUGCCUGUUGGUGUGUUGUUACAUGUUACAGGUGGUUGCUCAGGACAUGGUAAGGUGAUACAGGAUGUUGUUUUUUUGUAUUUUUUGGGAAGUUGAAAUGUUAUUUUCAGUGGUUGUUGUGAAGAGUUUGAUGUAAGUGAAUUAGAUUGUUACCAGAUGGAGAUUUGUCAGAGUUCUGGUCAAACUGAGAGGACUGGUUGGAGUGUGGUUGGUGGUUUUGGGGCCGGUCGUAGUCGUACCUCUGUCAGGAGUCUAAGGCUUGUUUGAUGUUAUCGACAGCGUGAUCUCCACUUUCCAGGAUCUUCUGUUAAAAUAGAAGAAGGCAGAAUCACGGUCUGUCUUUGUUUUGAAAAUGUAAUAUAGAAAUGAUAAGCAGCAGUUCAAAAAGAAACUGACAGGAUGUUUUAUCUUUUAUCUUUUUAUGAUUUUAACCUUUGCCUUUGUUGCUUUUAUUAUUCUGACUGUUUUAUUUCUUUUAAUCUUCCCUGCUGUUCUGUUUUCAUUUUUAAUCAUUGAAUUUCUCACAUUUAUUUUACUUUGUAUUGUUUCAUUUUCUCUUAUUUUCUCAUUUGUGAAGCACUUUGUAACAGUUUUGUUAUUAGUGUAUCAUGAUUUUUAUAACUCACAAAGCCUGUUAGUUGAAAACAGAUUUAAAAUCAGCUUUAAGUCAUAUAUAACCUUACAUAUCGUAUAUUAUAUUAUUAAUAACAUCUUCAUUAUUAUUAUAAGCAGUAACAGCAUUUGUAUUUUCAUUGCACUAUUAUCACAUGUUACUUUAAACAGUCCCUCCAGGAUUUCGCGGGAUUUUUUUGUGAUUGUUGCGUCCCAAAAAGCCUGAAUUUGCGACAGCUUUUGAAAAAAUUGCGGUGAAAGUUGCGUUGUUUUUUUUUUGCUUUCUCCCCCCGAUAACAUCUCUGGGGCAAGUAAAUACGCUAAAUUACAGUUGUUUUUAGAAAACAUUCUUGAUGUGGCCACUGUGACUGUAUUUUGAUUCUCUUGAUUCACAGAAAAAUGCCAUGAAAGGACCGUAUUGCACAUUUACGACGGUCCCUGAAUGCACCUGGCAGCGACAGAGGCACUUGACAGUCAGUUCACGCACUCUGAAGUGAAUCUGCAUCUUUGAUGACGAGGAGUUGAUCAAAACUUACUAAAUGUGUCUGAUGUUUCACCAAACUGGAUUAAAUCAAGCUGUAGAUGCAGAGCUUUUUACGGUGAUGGCGGCAACAACGUCAAACCUCAAAUAUUAAACAGACGUCCCCCGGUUGUGUCUUUGUCACUAACGCACACCGGGGGGUAAAAAUCCUCAAUGAAGAUGAGACAGAUGCAUGGAGGUGAGGAGAGCUGGUUCAUGAAGUACACCUGCUGCAGGUAGAUACCAAGCUAACACUGAGCCCCUCAAUCUAUAAAUAACAACGUUGUCAUGGUCACCUGUCCUGCCUGCUGUCCUCCCUUUUCACCCGUUCUCUGUGCGUGUUUUGUUGUUGAAAAGUGCCGAUCAAGUGAGGACUUAUGUUUAUGUUCCUAGGAAGUGAAAUUGAUGACUAAACUGAUGACGUACAGGGGCUGAGAUUAAGGUAAUUGGUCAAAGUUGCGGUGAUUGUAUAAAAUUGCAAGGCCGUGAAAAAAUCACACUGAUUGGUUGAAUUUGCGUUGAUAGUUGCGAUCGCGAAAUCGCAACUUCCUGGAGGGACUGUUUAGUUUCAUAUAAUAUUGAAUAAGUUCAUGUGUAUCAUGUGUGACUUCAAAUGUAAAUUGAUUUUAUACUUUGUAAAAGUAAUGUAGCUGUGAUUCUCAUGCUAAGAUAUAGCAUUAAGCUAAUUAAAGUAUUUCAGGUUUUGAUUGUUAGAUAAAACAAAAUGACACAAAUUUACAUUCAAUAGGAGGCACCGCUCGCCCUCUCCAAUAUGGAGGCUGCAUUUGACGUAUUGCUCCUGUGAGCUGAGGUGGCGUCUACAUACUGAUCACGUGUUUAAGGUCAUCAUUAACAGUGAAAUCAGUUUUGUUAAAAAUGUAAUGUUAGCUUGUCUUUCCAUCAAAAUGACAGAGGAGUAGAGACAGUAGAUCACAGAAGAAGUUCUUAUGAAUGCACCUUCUUGUAUAUGAACAUAUGUAAGUAGUAAUUGUUUGUGUUCUAUGGUUAUGUUACAAAUGAUAGAGGACUUUGUGUUUUUAUCUUUUUUUAUCAUGUGUGUUCAAACAUUUCAUUCAGUCAUUUAGAUGAAAUGAAAGCACCGAAUUAUGAGAACGUAUAUCUCAGCAGGUCAGAAUCUUUGUUACACCUCGUAGAGUAACUUUGGAGACGUUCAGAGGAAACACUGGAUUUGUCAGGUUGAAGACUCACUGGUUGAAGCAGCGUUCACUAAAAUGUGACUUAGUUUUAUUUUUUUAACAUAUGAAGCUGUGUGUUGGUUCACUUUGUUAAAGCAUUAAUGCAAUCAGUCAUGAACGUGUGUUU